AUCCUUCUAGUAAAGUGUAGAAGGAAUGGGAAAUGAAAUGAGCGUGUGUGGGGAGCAUGAAAGCCACAUAUUUUCUUACUUUACUAUGAUAUCUUAUCUUCUCAUAUCCUUAUUUCAUCUGCAAAGGAAGACAACAGUUGGACUAGAGACAGAAAGACAUGGCACUUCAAGCACCGGUAACUGCAAAGCUCAAGAACUCUACUCCUGCUGCUGCUAAUCUCUUAUCUCCUUCAACUAGUCAUGUUGGAUUAAGGCAAACAUCAGAUCGCUUUGCACUCAAAUCAGCAUUUUUCUCUUCUUCUAUUCAGCUCUCUGCACUUUCUCCUCCUAGACAACAAACUACAUCCCCUAAAACUUCCCUUGCACCUAAAAUCUAUAUGCGUGCUGCUUCCAAGCAAUCUUACAUUUGUCGCGACUGCGGCUAUAUUUACCAAGACCGUACACCCUUCGAGAAGCAACCUGACAAGUACUUCUGUCCAGUUUGUGCUGCUCCAAAACGAAGAUUCAGAGUUUACGAACCACCAGUGAAUAAGAAUGCAAAUGCUACAGACACUCGAAAAGCCAGAAAAGCAGAGCUUCAAAGAGAUGAAGCAGUCGGUAAAGCAUUGCCCGUAGCAAUUGCAGUUGGAGUUGCAGCGUUGGCUGGGUUAUAUUUCUACCUCAACAGUGCUUUCUAAUGCCUUCAAUGGCGAAUGACAAUAGAAGUGAUCAAUUACCAGGAACAACAAAUUUCUUCAAUUCUUCUCUUUUCCUUGUUCUGCUUUUUUUUCUUCUUCCUGCAACUGGUUGCAGUUGAUAAGGAAAAUUUUGUAACCCUAUAUUCUACUAUGUUGUAUGCCUGAAGGCUUACCUUGUGAAGGGCCAUAUCUCAGUUCCAGUUCAUUCUUGUAAUAAAAAGGAAAAACGCUGCAGUUGGAUGCACAAUAACAAUGUUGAAAGAUGUAAAUAUGGUUGUGAAGCAAUUCCCAACAGUCAUUCGAUGAGAAA